AAAUAGAAUGAUAUCAGUGGAAAGAAUGUUGCAGUAUACGACUAUUCCUUCAGAACCACCACUUACAAUAUCAGAACGCCAACCAAAUAGACAGUGGCCAACAAAGGGCGAAAUUAAGUUUCUUAACCUCCAUGUUCGAUAUGCACCGCAGCUGCCUUUUGUUCUAAAAGGCCUGACGUGCACCUUACUCGGAGGAAAGAAGACAGGUAUUGUUGGUAGAACAGGUGGUGGCAAAUCAACCUUGAUUCAGGCACUAUUUCGCAUUGUGGACCCAUGUAUUGGCCAAGUGUUUAUAGAUGGCACUGACAUCUGCACCAUUGGACUACAUGACCUCCGGACAAGAUUGAGCAUCAUUCCACAAGAUCCUGUUAUGUUUGAGGGGACCCUGCGAACCAAUAUUGACCCCCUUGGGGAGUACAGUGACGAGAAAAUCUGGGAGGCAUUGGAUUCAUGUCAUCUUGGGGAUGAAGUUAGAAAGAACGAGCUUAAGCUUGACUCUACAGUGACAGAAAGGGGCAAAAACUGGAGCACAGGUCAGCGUCAACUUGUGUGUCUGGGAAGGGUGAUUCUGAAACGGAGGAAGAUCUUGGUUUUGGAUGAGGCAACUUCAUCCGUGGAUCCAAUUACAGACAGCUUGAUUCAAAAAACCUUAAAGAAACCUUAAAGUCUUGCUUCUGGAUAACGGUGAAAUUGCAGAGCAUGACGCCCCAGCAAAACUGCUAGAGGACAGUUCAUCCCUAUUCUCCAAACUUGUAUCUGAGUAUACCAUGGGAUCUGAUAAGUGGCGAAUGCAAGAAAGCAGCUAAAUCAAUACUCUACAGAUAAUACAGGACAAACGCCCUAGGAAGUGUGAGUAUCUACGUGUUACCAAUUUUAUAGCUUAAUAAAAAGAUUUUUUUUUAAAAAAAAAACUAUGAAUAUCCAUAUUCCCCAAGGCCCUUGGAAGUGUGAUAUAUUUGUUUCAUUGUAUAUACAUGAAACUUCUUUCCUUGGAUAUUUCCGGAGCC